AAGUUCUUGCAUUUGAUUGGUUCGUGAAAGCAAGUAAGCGCGUAUGAUUUGUACUUAUAAUAUGUGCCGUCAGUGACGCUCCUCUAAGAACAUGAAGUUCUGAAUUGUGAAAUGUAUGGUUGCCUCUUACCAUUUAUUUCAGUGUGAUUUUUUUAUCUUGGAAGUGGUCCAUCAGCCAUUCUUGCAAGCAUUAUUCAUCAUCUUCAGGAUAUUCAGUCUGGCAUAAUAGGCACUUGCGGGUUCAUUCGACCUCUGCUAUCUGCUGAGCGCACGGGACCGCUGUAGUUCGCCGUCCGGUCGCUAGGUGUCGGCCGUGUGGCAGUGGGAGUCAACCGGCCGGUCCGCUGUUCCGCCCGAGCCGCCGAGAAGGGACGUCGUAGUCGGCGCGGCCUUCGUUACAGAUUUCUGAUCGGUUUCGUCUCACCUAACGAAGAUGGCUUCCGGGGACCAUAUCCCGGACUGGGGCUGCGUGCCGUGCCGCGUGAAGGCGGUCACUGACCUCUCCUCCGGCGACGCCGACGCCAUCGUGCUCGUCACCGACUCUGUGGCCAAGCUGCCCGGCCACCUGGCCACGCUGAAGUCGCCGCUGGAGGCGCUGCGGUCGGUGAACGUCGCCCUGGAGUCGGAGGGCGCCGUGGUGCCCGUCCAGCUGCCGGCCAAGAGGCUGGUGUUCGCGCCCACCGGACCCCUCAACAGGGACUAUGACGAUGUGCGCCGGUUCGCUGAGGCGGCCGAGAAGGGAAUCCAGAGGGCGCUGUCGGCCGGGAGCCGCAGCCCCCUUCUGGUCACCGUGCCCUACCCCAAGUACCAGCACUCGACCCUCAGCUCCAUCCUGGGCGCCCUGCACGCCCUCUAUGUGCCGCUGGAGGUCCGUGAGCACGCCGUCAAGACGUCCGACUCGAAGCGUCUGCUGAAGGCCGACCACCUGCUGGUGUUCGGCGAGCAGCAGGGCGCUCUGGAGCGACUCAUCCAGACGGCGCUCGGACUCGAGAGCGGCAGGUUCGUGGCGCGCGACAUCGGCGGCAGUGACCCGGAGCGUAUGGCGGCGCCGCGCGUGGCCGAAUACAUGCAGCGCGUGCUGAAGGGCUCCCAGGUCAAGGUCGAGGUCGAGGAGGAGGACAGCAGCGCCACGCCCUUCAAGGACAAGUAUCCGCUGCUGGCCGCCGUCAACCGAGCCGCCGCCGUGAUCCCGCGCCACCGUGGCCGCGUGAUCCACCUCACCUACGAGGGUCAGGGACCCAUCACGGCCACCUACAUGCUGGUCGGAAAGGGCAUCACCUACGACACAGGCGGUCUGGACAUCAAGGCCGGCGGUGUGAUGGCCGGCAUGCACAGGGACAAGUGCGGCGCCGCCGCUGUCGGAGGCUUCUUCAAGACUCUGGCCGAGCUGCGCCCCAAGGGCAUUAAGGUGGUCGGUGUGAUGUGUAUGGUGCGUAACUCGGUGGGCGCCGACGGAUACGUGGCUGACGAAAUCAUCACAUCGCGCGCCGGCGUCCGCAUCAGGGUGGGAAACACUGACGCCGAGGGACGGAUGGUGAUGGCCGACCUGCUGUGUCUGAUGAAGGAGCGCGCCGCCGGUGAGGUGAACCCCUACCUGAUGACGGUGGCCACGCUCACCGGACACGCCUGCCUGGCCUGCGGUGACGGCUACGCGUCAGUGCUGGACAAUGGACCGGCGCGCCAGGCGCACUGCUCGGCGCGCUUCUCAGAGGCCGGCGACCUGAUGGGCGACCCCUUCGAGAUCAACACCAUCCGCAGGGAGGACUACACCUUCCACAAGGGCAAGUCCGAGUACGAGGACGUGCUGCAGUGUAACAACGCGCCAUCGUCCCGCACCCCGCGCGGCCACCAGGGGCCGGCCGCCUUCCUCAUCAUGGCCUCCGGGCUGGACAAGCACGGUAUCGACUCAGAGAAGCCGCUCAAGUACUCCCACCUGGACAUUGCGGCCGCCUCGGGACCCUUCCCGGGCGUCCCCUCGGGCUCCCCGGUGCUCGCUAUGGCGGCCAACUUCUUCGGAAACCAGCUGUGAGCUGCCCCGCUCCUGGGGUGGUGCGCGGGUGGUGGGUUUGUGAUCACAGGCCCGGAUAGGCCCGAAACUGUGGCAAUGAUUGUCGGUGAAAUGAGGUGGAACUGAAAUACAGGAUCAAGCUCGGU